GGCACCCGAGCGGCGGCGGGAGCGGGAGCGGCGGCGGGGACGCGGCGCGGCGGGAGCGGCGAACCGGCGGAACGGGGCAGAGCGGAGCAGAGCGGCGGCGCCGGAGAGGAGGAGGAGGAGGAGGAACAAAUAAACAAUCAUAAUAAUAAUUCAUAAUAAUCGUAAUCGUAACGAUAAUCAGAAUUUUUUUAUAAAACAAAAAAAAAAAAAAGAGAGCGGGGAGGAGGAGGAGGAAAAAAAAAAGCCAACAGCCCCCCCACACCCCCGAGCCCAAAAGAGGGAGCGAGAGAGAGCAAGAGCGCAGCGGCCGGGCGGAGCGGCGGAGAGGAAGAAUUAAAGCGAGCGAAGGAGGGAGGAGAGACAGAGCAGAGAGAGAGGAGGAAAGAGGAGGAGGAGGAAAAAAAAAAGCCCACAAAAACAAAGCGAUCGCAGUUGAUGUUGCUGCUGCAAGCUGGACUUCCAAAAACUACGGCGAGACCGACCGCUCUCCGCGCCGAGAAGAGUCUCCUCCGCUGUGCGUGUUUUUUUCCGCUGUGUGUGUAAUCUUUAACCUUUUAUUCAUUCUUAUUUUGAUGGCUUUCCUGAAUGGCUGACUGCGAGCUUCCCUGGACCUGGCCCCCAGACACCCGCCUCUCCUCCUUCAACUACUCUGCUGCAGAUCAGCUCUAAGAGAGAGAGAGGGAGAUCUUUGAAGAGAUUUUUUUUUUUUUUUUCUCCUCUCUCUCUCUCUCUCUCUCCCCCUCUCUCCCCCACCCCCACCACCCCUUUACUUUGCUCUCCUGGAGCCCAGACAAUCGACUCGCACCUCGCCCCCCCGCACACACACCUCCAUCGCCCCGUGCUUCUGCACCUUCGCCGGUACCGGGAGAUCCCCCCCACCCCGACCCUCCUGAAAAAAAAAAAAAAAAAAAAAAAGGCAAAACAACAAAAGAGAGAGAGGGAAAGAGAGAGAGAGAGAGAGAGGGGAGGACAAAAAAAUAAAAAGACUGCUGCAAAGCUGAUCUGAAAAGCAAAGCAAACAAACUUUGAAAAUAAAGGGGGAACAGGAAGUUUGGCAACGGUGUCCAAUAGAUAUGGCAAUGGUAGUCGGUGCGUGGCGAGACCCCCAGGACGAUGUGCCCGGAGCUCAGGGAACGCAGCCUUCGCAAGCCCCGCCGGUGCAGGGACCCCCGGCCGGGGCCCCGCACACCCCACAGACCCCGGGGCCCGGGGGCCCUCCCAGUACGCCAGCCCAGACCAACCCGCCGAGCCAGCAGAACCAAGGAGACAAGCAGCAGCAGCAGCAGCACAUUGAAUGUGUGGUUUGUGGGGACAAGUCUAGUGGCAAACAUUAUGGCCAGUUUACCUGCGAGGGUUGCAAGAGUUUCUUCAAGCGGAGUGUAAGGAGGAAUCUCAGCUACACUUGUCGUGCCAACAGGAACUGUCCCAUUGACCAGCACCACCGCAAUCAGUGUCAGUACUGCCGCCUCAAAAAAUGCCUCAAAGUUGGCAUGAGACGGGAAGCGGUCCAGAGGGGCAGAAUGCCACCCACACAGCCAACUCAUGGUCAGUUCGCCUUGACAAAUGGGGACCCUCUCAACUGCCAUUCCUACCUAUCCGGAUAUAUCUCCCUUCUUCUGAGAGCAGAGCCCUACCCCACCUCCCGCUUUGGCAGUCAGUGCAUGCAACCCAACAACAUCAUGGGCAUCGAGAACAUUUGUGAACUGGCAGCUAGGAUGCUCUUCAGCGCGGUGGAGUGGGCCAGGAAUAUCCCCUUCUUCCCAGACCUCCAGAUCACAGACCAGGUGGCCCUCCUGAGGCUGACCUGGAGCGAGUUAUUUGUCCUCAACGCUGCCCAGUGCUCCAUGCCCCUCCACGUAGCUCCGCUCCUGGCAGCUGCUGGCCUCCACGCUUCGCCAAUGUCUGCUGACCGAGUGGUCGCCUUUAUGGACCACAUACGAAUCUUCCAAGAGCAAGUAGAAAAACUGAAAGCAUUGCAUGUCGACUCUGCAGAAUAUAGCUGUUUAAAGGCCAUAGUCCUCUUCACCUCAGAUGCCUGUGGUCUCUCUGAUGUAGCCCAUGUUGAAAGUUUACAGGAGAAGUCACAGUGUGCUUUGGAAGAGUAUGUUAGGAGCCAGUAUCCCAACCAGCCAACACGAUUCGGGAAGCUAUUACUACGUCUCCCCUCCCUUCGCACUGUCUCCUCUUCUGUCAUAGAGCAAUUGUUUUUCGUCCGUUUGGUAGGUAAAACCCCCAUAGAAACCCUAAUCAGGGAUAUGUUACUGUCUGGCAGCAGUUUUAACUGGCCUUACAUGUCCAUUCAAUAAAACAUCCGAGAGAGAGAGAGAGAAAAAAAAAGGAAAAAAAAAAAACAAACACCGAGACAAAAAUUUAAAAAAAAUAAUAAAAUUUCAAAAUUGAGAAGGGAGAUGAGAGUGAAAGGAAAGCAAAUGACAUUUGGGUUCUGGUUGUUUCUUAAAUUUCCUUCUGCUAAGAAAGGAUGUAAAAGGAUGUUACAAGUUUGCUAAGAGAAGACAGGAAAAAAUUAAUGGACUGUGAAUUAAAAAAAGAGACUGUCAAAUGAACUUUUACAGAAUGCAUUAAAAACUCCCGUGUCGUUCAGAAAAAAACUUGCUACUUAUCAUUUUUUUUGUAAAAAAUAAAAAAGAGGGAAAGAAAAAAAGAAAGAAGAAGAAAAGAAACGAUGGUGGGAUUUUUCUUUUUUUCUUUUUUCUUCUUUUUUUUUCUUUUUUUUUUGGGGUAAACUUUUUAAAAAAUCUCGCUUAAAGUGCAUUUAAAGGAAAUUUGGAGAAAAUUAGCAGAACGGAAGAAAGUAAGUCUUUUUUUUCCAAAUUAUUAAUUGUCCUAUGUGUCUAUGUACCUAUAGCUGUUCUUUUUUGUAUUUUUCUGGUUUCAAACCAGUUUAUUCUGUGGUUCUAUAAUAAUUUUUGAUAUAACCUUGGCUUCUUUAAAAAAAAAAAAAUAAACUGUGUAUCCUUAAAAUAUAUGUUCUGAAAGAAUUAAAACUGAGUCCACGAAGGUAUCAUAGGAAGAAAGGAAAAGAGAAAAAAAAAAAAACCCUCAACAACACAAUGAUGGAAGCGCACUUAAGGUGGUGACCCAAAAUCUAGCUUGAAGCUGAGAGAGCUAUAAUUAUAUAGACCCGAAUGAACCACACGUGUCAUAUAACUCCCCCCAAAUCUAGGUUUUUUUGAUAUUUCGGACAGAAAAUGAACUGUGGGGAUUUAUUAUAGGUAGAAGGAUUUUGUGUCCAAGACACACUACGGUUUUGAUUUAAAAGGAAAAAAAAAAAAAAAAACCAAGCAAACAAGCAAAGUGAACUUUUGUAAUUUGAAUUGGGUUCCACAUAGUUCAUCAUGAAUUGUUAUUAAACUCCUCUAUCUGUUUGUAUAUUUGCAAGCCCUUUGUAUUAUAAUAAUUGUUGAUAUUUUCCCUUUUUAAAAAAUACCAUUGAAAUCAGCAUGACAAAAUAACACUGUUGGCACUUAUAGAUAACGUGAUUGAUUCAGUAUCUUAGAGUUUACAGUUUUGUGUUUAAAAAAACUGAAGGUUUUUUUUUUUUUUAAGUGCAACAUUUCUGUAUACUGUAAAAGUUAUAAUAACUGAACUGUUUGGUCGAGUCUUUGUGUGUUAUAUUCCAAGGAAAAUUGAAAGUAUUCAGAAAUUAAAAUAUUAUUUGAUAUCUGAAA